CUUUGAUUGUAACUUCGCGCGAAUUCGGUUACCUUCUGUAACCAAGGUUGUAUCCUGGCACGAUCUCGGUAUCCUUUCGAUGCCACGAGAUCGCCAGCUAAUAAACCUCGACUUGGUCCAUUAAUUGCCUUCUGAUAUUUGGCUUCUCGGGGAUUUUAUGGAGUCAUUUGGAACGAGCUUCUUACGCCUUCUGAUCUAUUUGGCACGUGUUUCUUGGUAGCGGUGUUCAUAGUUAAUCUCAACUCGACGCCACGCUACACUUCAUUGUUUUUUAAACAUCUAAGACUUUUUAUUUAUUAUAUUUUCGGCGUUUUCAGGUGACUCAACAACCAGUGGCAAUGGCGAAAUGCCACUGAUCUCUGGCCAAACCAUCCAUCGGACAGAUCGCUGAUUUUCGAACAGUUUAACGGGCCCCAUUAGAGUCAAGGACAGCUAAUGCGGACCAACUGGUUAAAGAUCACAGACUAGCACAUGCAGCAAUGGCUCUGCUACAUAAUUACUUAGUCUGUUACAGUAAUGCAUUUCUAUAAUAACGCCAUGAUUGUUUUAUACAAUCAGUAAAAUUGCUGCAUUGUGUGAAUAUCACAAAAUUUGAGAUCCACUUUGUGGAUUAACUGUGCUGUGUUACUUCAGCGUAAGCUAGCUGGUCUCGUCUUUACGUCGAAAUCGAAUAGACCCCGACCAACCAACUGUGGAAAAACGCAUUGCAUGUACAUGAACAAUCUUAGUCUACAUCCUAACUAGACACUUUUUCAUACGUAAUAUGUCACUCAACGCUAGAUGAUAAGCUCUUUGCAUCAGCCUUUUGAGAAAUGGUCACGCUAUUUGAACCCUCUAAACUUUAGUUACAUUGUUUGUUACCAUUUUUACUGUUUGCUAUACGCUUUGUAAUUGCUGUUAUCUUACAGGGUAAAUAAUGGCUGGACUUUCUUAUUACACUAAGGUCAUUUUAAUUCCUUUUCUGAUUUAUUUGCAUGAGCUAUGGGUAUGAAAAAUAUCUAAACGACCUCUGAAAGUCUCCACGAACCCCGCCAUGGUAUUCGUGCAUGCUUUUAUUCACACAAUCAACUGUCAUACUAAUAAUACCACAACGAACGUUCAGUGAAACUGCCAGUGUGCGUAAGAACGAUGUUGUUUCAAUAUGACAUUCUAACACAUCAGAACUAUUGUAGCCUUUCAACUUCGACGUCGUGCUUUAUUUUAUAAAGUAUUGUUUCUUCGUUGCUAUUAUCUAACAGAUGAUUUUGGUACAUCAAUUAGCUGUUUAACUGCUCGACGUUCUAAAACAUAUCCAGUUCGAUUGGUGGUAUGACGAUACUAUUAUUCACACCAAUCAUCAGUCUACGCAGUCGAGAGAAUCUUCUGCAAACUGAAAACGAUGGUGUCGCCUCUAUCGCAACACUGACAGCGUUUUUCAUUGGUAUAAUUGGCAUGAGUUCAUAGUGACACUCUUGAACUCUUAUGUCCUUUUAGAUUUUUUACGUUUCACUUAUCGAACAAACAUACAGUAAUCACUGCUUAUCAUUUCAUAGAGAGUUCAUUGUGUCACCUUCGCUCUCGAUUUGUAGUCUUCCAUCCUUACUGAUCAUGACAACAAUCAUCGGCCUUUCAAACUCUGAAUACAACUUGAUCAGUAGCUUCGCAUAACGAAAUCUCGACCUCUCUUCACAGCUAUACUUUCGUACUUACUGUUAGUCUGUUAUAAAUAGAUAUAACUAGAAUUCAACACUUACGAACAGAAGCUGUAAACCACACUGUACAAACAUUGACAUCAAUUGAUAAUACACUUAUUGUGCUAUCACUGUAGAAGCAUUACUCUUUCGGCAAACUUACCGUUUCUCGUCUGAGGAACUCAAUCAUAUUUCAAAGCUACCUAUUUCAACUCGACUUGAUAGAACUCUUGAACGUUAUAUUUUUUUUAUUAUUUCUGUGGUUACUCACUUUAUAUUCAACCAACGUUCUAGUAACUUAUUAUUAUUUGAUGUUUCCCGAUCACAUUCUGCCGCCCCCUUUCCAUUUGUCUUACAGCUCAGCAAUACCCGGAGGAUUCAUAAUAAUCGUUUGGCAACCUCCGGCGUGCGACUACUCCCAACAUGUUUGGUGCCGAUUCAAACUGCCAUUGAAUCCAGUGGGAGAGUAUUUUGGGGUCAGCGAAAUGUCACUGAGCCCUAGACAUAUCAUCCGGCAGUUGGGUUACUGAAUAUCAAACAGAUCAUCGAUCCCUGUCAAGGUCAAAUACAAACAACGUGCAUCAGUUAAUCGUAUGUCAUGGACUGGCCCAUGUGUAACCUACAAUAAAUGGGUUCAAUAAGUGACGGAAACGAAUUGAACGAGGAUAGUUCAAAACGAAAAUUAAAAAGAGGUCAUUCCGGUGUGAAUCAGUUAGGUGGAAUGUUCGUUAAUGGUCGACCUCUGCCCGAUACAACACGUCAACGGAUUAUUGAGUUAGCUCAUUCAGGUGCUCGUCCAUGUGAUAUAUCACGUAUUCUACAAGUAUCCAAUGGUUGUGUCUCAAAGAUAUUAUGUCGUUAUUAUGAAACUGGUUCAAUUAGACCAAAAGCGAUUGGUGGAAGUAAACCAAGGGUUGCUACAAAUGCAGUUGUUAACAAAAUUGAUAUUUAUAAACGUGAAUGUCCGUCAAUAUUUGCUUGGGAAAUACGUGAUCGAUUAUUACAAGAAGGGGUAUGCACACCGGAUAAUAUACCAAGUGUCUCAUCUAUCAAUAGAGUUCUUCGCAAUUUGUCAAACGAAUCACAAAGACAAUUGUCGUCUGCCGCAGCAGCCGCUGCUGUAGCUGCGGCCGCUGUUGCCGCUCAAGCUGUUGUACACAGAAAUGAAGUGAAUUCAAAUUCAAUGGGUGUAUCGAAUACAAAUCAACAUAUUUCAACACAAAAUUACCUAUCAAAUAUGAAAUGUGAUUUACAUGGUUUAACUAAAUCAUUUAUGCCAUCUAUGUUUAAUUUUACACCAUAUCAUGUAACAAACAACAAUAAUAAUGCAAAUAACAAUAAUAAUAUCAAUAAUAAUCAUAAUAUAUUCACAAUGCCACCUUCGAUAUCACAAUUCUAUAGUCAACAAAAUUCAAAUCUAAACAGACAUUCUACCAGUUGUUUUAAUGACCAUAAUGUGAUUGAAUCACAUAGAACUGUUCUUAAUACACCUCAUAUACAUGCAAAUAAUACAAUCUAUUCUAAUUUAAAUCAAAACCCACAUUCACCGAUAAUAUCCUGCUUCCAAACAGGAAAUGGUAUAAAUAAAUCUGUCCAGUCGAAUUUUAGACAUGAAAACUUACACUCGAUGCGUUUGCCUUAUGAUAAAUUUAAUGAUUUAUUAAUAACUGCAUCAUCGAGCGCAUCACAAACUUCAUGGGCACAAGCAUGGUAUUCAGCAGCGGCUGCAUCGGCCAAUAGUGUUUAUUCCACUUUAUAUAAUUCAUCUAAUUCAAGUCAGAAAAAUGAAUUCCUUCAGGAAAGACAGUUUUCACCAUCUUUAAAUUACUUAAAUCAUUGUGGACUGCCUGGGUUUUAUCAAAACCUAGAAAAUGCAGUUAACUCAGUGAAUGACACUAAUAUGGGAACGAAGUGUUCAGGGAAUGUGGAUAUCAAUAAUGAACUAGAUAAUCGUAGUAUAAGUGAAUUAUCACCUCAUUGUUCUGAACAACAGUCACAUCAUCGUCAUCAAGAGAAAUCAUCUAUGCUAUCCCAUCAGUCAUUGCAUAAUACAUUACCUAUAUAUAAUGAAAAUAGCUCACCAGUGCAUCAGUCAUUAUUAUCAAAUAAUUAUGAGUUGAAACUGGACUCUAAAUGGUCAUUCAAUGCAGAUUCAUUACGUCAUUACAACGAUCAGCACCAUCAAACACAUCAGCAUCAAACUAUGCAUCAACAAGCCGAAAACCAUCAGAGAUCAAACAAUAAUUUGUUCAAAUCCGAGACAGAAGAAUUUAAACAGUUAGUUUCUUCUCUAGAUGACAAGGAAAAAACAGAUAGACCGAGAAGAAGGUUUUCAAUAAACCCAUUGUUUACUUAUGAAAAUAUAAGUAAUGUGAAUGAGAAUACAGCAAAUUUUAUGCAGUCACAUAAAGAUGAUUUUGUUAGCACGCAUCUACAUCAUUAUUUAUCAAGUAGAGAUAUGCAAAGUAUUGAUGAGCAGUCAUUUCCUCAUAUAGAUAAGGAGCAUAGAAUGAACGAAUCACAAUUGGGAAUAGAUGAUGAUGAAGAUGAUGAUAAUGACGAUGGUGAAGAUGAUGAUUGUGAUGAUUUGGUUAAUUGUAAUGCAGCAAUUAGCUCAGCAUCAGCUGUUUCAAGUAGUAACGAAAAUCAUGUAAAUCAAUCGUUAUCAUCGUCUUCUGCUAAAAUCCUAGACUCAAAGUUAACAACGAAUUUAUAUCUUAAGCAAAUAAACGAUUCUAAAGAAAGAAAUAUUGGUAGUGAAACAUAUUCAUGUAGAAAUUCUGUAAAUGAGAAUCGAAUUGUUUGUGAUGACAGCUUCACAGAAAAUAACCAGUUACUUAUGACAAGAGGAUCAAAUCCAGAAUUUUUUGAAGGAGAAUGUCAUGAAAAUUUUACAAGAAAAUUAAAUGAAAUUAAUUCAAGACAUGAACAUGAACAACAAUAUAAUAUAAUGAAAAUAAAUCGAAUGAAUGAACUUUUACAGGGGAACAAUAAUGAUCAGACAACUUUACAGCAACCACGAACACCGAUAACAACAUCAUCUUCAUCAUCGUCAACAGUAAUGACAGAGAAUGCAAAUAAAUUUAUACAAUUGACCAAUAACAUUACUCCUACUACUACUACUACUACUAGUGGUGUUAGUAUUAGUAAUGAUAGUAGUGGUAAUAUGACAAGUGAAAGAAAUCACUUUAUACAAAAUCAAUUAAACACGCAAUUCUAUCAUGAAUUAAAUGAAACACAAGAAACAUUUUUAGAAACAUUACAUGCAAACCAAAUAGAACAGCCAAAAGAAUUAACUAAAAAUAGAAUCUUUCUUAAUAAAGAUAAUUCUGAUUUAUGUGUUAGAACAAUGAAUAAAAGACCGAAUAGUAUUACUGCAAUUGUUCAAUCAAUAUCAACAACAACAUCAUCAACAUCAGUAUCGCCGUUGAAUAGUUCAAAAUCCGAAUUGAAUGAAAGAUCUAAUUCUGUAUUAAGUGAAAUAAAUUUCUCACAAAUGAUUAUGACUGAUGAAAAAUAUCAAAGUAAUAAACAGAAGCAGUCAGACCAACAACAACAACAUCGUCAUCAUCAUCAUGAGGAGCAACUGCAGCAGCAACAACAACAACGCAGUCGCACUUCAUUCUCUAAUCUUCAAUUAGAAGAACUUGAAAGAGAAUUUGAGCAUACACACUAUCCUGAUGUGUUUUCUCGUGAAAAGUUAUCCAGUCGAAUCCUACUGCCUGAAACCCGUAUACAAGUUUGGUUUUCUAAUAGACGUGCAAAAUGGAGACGUGAAGAAAAAAUGCGAAUGAAACAAUUAGCUUCUAGAAAUCAACAAAAAUCAAUUCAUCAUCAGUACCAUAGUAACGAUAAUAAUAACAACAAGAUCAAUCCAUUAAUAUCAAGUUUAACAAUGACACCAACAAUAAAAUCUGUUGUAAACACUACCUAUGUCAAUAAUACUGAUAACAGUCUAAAAGAUAAAAUCAAUAAUACUUCCAGAAUCGUGGAAAGAAAUAAUUCAAAUCGUUCAAUUUAUUCUGAAAUUCCAAAUAAAAGUAAUGAUAAUAAUAUACAUAUGACAAAUUGUAUUGAUAAUGUAUCUAAUAAAAAUAUUGAUUGUGGAUCAACUGAUCUACUCAGAUUACAGGAUGAACAUAAAAUUCCAUCAUCUAAAGUUCCUGUAAAAGUUAGUAAAUUAAAUGAUUUCUUAUCAUUAUCAUCUACCAGGUAUUCAACUACUGAUUUAUUGGUUAAAAAGAAUAUUGAUGAAAGAUAUAAUCUUCAUCAUAAUCCUUUCUAUCAUAACAUAGAAGAGAAACACUGGACUUAUCUACCUCCACAUCUACAAAUUCAAUCACAAAAUAAUUUGGAUCAAUCAACAAUUGAACAACAAGCAUGUUUGAGUAAUAUACAAAAUAUAACCAAGAAUUUUGCUUAAAUUUUAACAUCUCGUCACUAUUAAGAACAACAAUAACAGAACUAACAAAGAAAAAAAACAUCUUCAGUAUUUAAUUUUGAUGAAUGAGCAAUAUCGUUUUCAAUAUUCACACUAAUUUGUUGUACAGUGAUUUUAAAAUAUUUGCAAAUAUACCAUUAAUUUAUUAGAUUGUAUACAACCAUUUUGUUUGUAUGAUAGGAACUUAUUUCAACGAUAGUAGGUAAUGUUACUUCAUUCAUUAAGUGAAGAGAUUUUUGAUUGGGACAUUGUGCAUUAGCUCAUCUAGUUUUCUGUAAUUUAUAAGCGCUAGUUAUAUAAAUCAUAGUAAAUCUCCGGUUUGAUAUAUUUGGUGAAAAUAAAAGCGAAAAUUGAAUUCAAUGACUCUUAGUUUUAAAGUGAAAAAUUUCCAAAUGCCUACAUAUUUCAUUAUAUUCACUGGGAUUUUACUAUGAGAAACUGACGUACUUUAGUCAGGUAGGUAGUAUAUAUCUAUGUAAUUUACUGAAAAUAUUAAAUCCUCAGUAAUGGCGGAAACCUGGUAAUCUAGGAAUGCAACAUGAGGACUGAUGUAACUGUAGGCAGUGUAUCCAAUUUUGAUUGGCUUGAGACAUUAAGAGGUUCAUACCAUGCAUUGUUUCUAUUUAAUAAUGGCUUGUAUGACGAGCAUAUCAUCUCUUUCUUCUGACGGACUACAAAUUACACGUUUUCCCAUCCAUAUUACUGACUUGUGAGAGUCAGCACAGCUACAUACAAUUCACUCAUUUAUAUAUUAAAACGGUUAAACUAUAGUAUACAAUUAAUUGAAAAUUUUAUAACUGAACUAAUUACAUAUGACAAUUGAAUGCCAAAUCUUAAGCGAGUCUAUAUAUGGCUGGACGGAAAUGAUGUAAAAUAACUGGUCAGCUUACUUAAAGACAUUAUUCAAUCAGAUGGAACUUACUAACCCAUGUUUUAGACUUUUUUCCGGAUCACAUCCUAACGAUCAUGUGUUCAGAACUGAUGAAGUGGUAUGUUCCUUGAAAUGCUCCGACAUUCCUAGGGUUUCUUCGAUCCACAAAUUCAAUAUUUUCUGAAUGUUAUUUAUAGUCACUGAUAGAACCAGUUAGAUAUCAUGUCACAUGACAACUAAUCCACUCUGUAAGAACGUUUACCUAAGAUUUACGAUUAACAGAAAAUCAGACUGUAACCGAGAUUAGGUUUCCCAUUCGAAAGCAAAUGAAAAAUCUUUGGAAAGAAAGAAAUUCUAUUAUUAAGUUACCGAGUGUGUAAACACGAGAAUCUCUGAGCAACGCAAUUUUAACCACGAAUAGCAAACUGGUCCUACAGUUUCAUCAAGAAGCAUAAAUCAUUAAAUAAAACACCGGAUCUGUUGGUGAACAUAUCUAGGUUAGAUAAACGUUGAAAACCAGGAAAACACUGAAUGACCGUUUUGUUCCAGUACGG